AUGUCUCGUGAAGCUUACCAGGUCCCCAUGGGUGGACAGAGCGGUUUCGGCGGCAAUGAGGGCGGCUUCAGCUCCAUGGCUAUUGACAGCCCCUCGAUCGCCUACCUCUGUGGCGAGUGCUCAGCUCGUGUGCCAUUGAAGCGCGGCGACCAGAUUCGGUGCAAGGACUGCGGACACCGCGUACUAUACAAGGAGCGGACCAAGCGGCUGACUUUCUCUCUCGCUUGGGAUAGCAUGGUGCAAUUUGAGGCUCGUUAA